AUGAGUUUAGCAGAUACUCUUCUCGGUGACCUUUCCGAAGAUGACUUUGACGUGGAGGUGGGGGAAGACGUGGACAUCGACGACAUAGAAGAGGCAAACUCUGGAGUAGAGCGGAAUGUGCAGGAGCUUCUGACGGUUUCGAAUAUGGAUAUUAUUUCGUCCGUCGAGGAGUACGUAUCAAUACUGCCGAAGCUUAAGUUUUUGGAGGAGAAGCUUGACAGAGAGGAGGGCAGUGGUGGCGGACAGGCGAUCAUUUCUGAGACAAACAGCAUGAUAGCGGAAAUCAACAGCAACUUCAACACGUUGCUUUCGUUUGUGAAGCUCACGUACAAUUCCGUCUGGCCCGAUCUUGAGAACAUCAUCAAAAACCCGUUGUACUUCAUACGGGUGAUCGAGAUUCUGCGCUUCGACAUCUCCAGCUUCAAGGAGCACGCAGAAGACGAGGCCUUCAGCUUCCUCCCGAAGGACUUGAUUCUGUCGUUGACCAUGUCGGUGAACUUCCUGCUGAAGUCGAAGCAGUCGAGGGUGCCUAGUGAACACGUUCAAGGUUUGGUGCUUGAAGCGUGCCGGGUGAUGACAUACAUCAACGAGUUGCAGCUCAAAUUCCGGGCAUUCAUCACUACGAGAGUGCAGAACAUCGCACCCAACAUCACUGCCUUGGUCGGCACUACGGUUGCCGCACAGCUGAUAGCUACGGCAGGGUUGGAGUCUUUGUGUACCAUUCCGGCGUGCAAUAUCCCCUCUCUGGGCAAAUCUGUGAACAGGAGUGCUUUGGGCUAUGUGUAUCAAUCUGAUCCGGUCAAAAAUGUCUCUGACGAUUUCAAGAAGCAGGCGGUAAGGCAGGUAUGUGCUAAAAUAUCGCUUUCCGCCCGGAUAGACCGUUCCGUGUCACAGACAGGAACCUCAAAUGGCACACAUGGGGCCAGGUGGAGAGACGAAAUCGAAAAAAGACUAGAAAAGAUGAUGUCUCCGCCGGACAACGUCCAGAUCAAGCCGUUACCCAAACCUGUAGACAUGAAGUCCAAGCGCCGGGGUGGCAGAAAGUUCAAGAAAAUGCGCCAGCGGAUGAAGAUGUCUGAGGUCGAGAAGGCGCAGAACAAGAUGGCCUUUGGUGAGCAAGAGUUGACCAAGAUAGACGCUUUUGGAGAAGAAGUUGGUCUCGGUAUGUUAGGCAAAACGUCUAUCCGUGAUAUCGAGGGUGUGCGGGGUGUCCACGUGACGCAGGGCGCACGGAAAGCCGUGGACAAGUUUACUUCCGGUGGGGCACACGGGAAUGCUGGGGACGAUACUGACAAGCUAGUAGCUAUAUUGGAUACGAAGUGA